CUUCUCAGCCAAGGUCAUCAUUGCCAGAUUGAUUCAUUUGCAUGAUCGGAGCACUAUCAAAUUAAAACUUGGAGCAGAGAAAUGAAAAAAAAUGGCAGGAAUGGUCAACUUUAAAAACGAGGAGGAAGUAAAACAGUUCCUGGAUAACCUGGAGGUGGAAUAUCGCUACCAGUGUCACCGAGAGAAGGACCCCGAAGGGUGUCAGCGGCUCGCUGAUUACUUUGAAGGGAUUAAGAAAAACUACGAGGAGGCGGCGCAGGUGCUGAAGCACAACUGUGAAGUGAACGGCCACAGCGAGAGCUGCUACAAAUUGGGCGCAUACCACGUGACCGGCAAGGGUGGAGUGGCUGAGUGCCUUAAAAAGGCUUAUUCCUGCUUUUUGAAGUCCUGCAAUUCAAGGGGAAAGAGCUCAGCGAAUGCAUGUCAUAAUGCUGCCCUGCUUCUGCAUGAUGGAAGAGCUUUUGAAGACCGCCCGGACUUCAACUCUGCACGCCGUUACUAUGAGAGGGCAUGUGAGCAGGACUUCGCUCCCAGCUGUUUUAACUUGAGCGCCAUGUACAUUCAGGGCACUUCUGGGGUAAGCAAGGACAUGGAACUGGCCCUCAAAUUCUCGCUGAGGGCCUGCGAGCUCGGCCAUGUGUGGGCCUGUGCCAAUGCCAGCCGAAUGUACAAGCUGGGUGAUGGCAUUGUGCCAGAUGAGCAGAAGGCUGAGGAGCUCAAGAACCGUGCCAAGAUGCUACAUGGGCAAAUGAAAGAAUCUCAGUUAUCCUUUGGGAAAUAGUAAUGGGUGAUGUCCCUUGUGUUUUUGUCAGAAUUUCAGGCACAUAUUGAGAAAUAA